AUGUACGGCUCAACUCUCAAGGCUCUUCUGCUAGCCGCGUCGGCGACGCGAGCUCUCGCAUCAUGCGCCCACGGCACCUUCCUCCAGCCCCGUGCUGAGGAGGGCGGCGAGGUCAAGGUUGGCAACUUUGGCUACAUCGGCAGGAUAGGUCCCCUUAACUGGGCGGCCCUAGAUUCCGCCAACACCGCUUGCGCAACCGGCACCCGCCAAUCCCCCAUCGACAUGGUUGACGGCGUCUUCGAGAUCCUCCAGGGCUCUGACGUCGAGCUGACCGUCAACGACAUGCCCGAUGGUGCCGAGUUCGAGAAUCUUGGCACGACUGUCGAGGUCGUUACCCAGGGCGGCACCCUCACCGCCAACGGAAAGACCUUCGAGCUUCAACAAUUCCACUUCCACCUGCCCUCCGAGCACCUCGACAACGGCACCUCCCAGGCCAUGGAGAUGCACAUGGUCUUCCAGUCCGCCCAGCAAGAGAUUGCCGUCAUCGGUGUGUACAUUAACAUCGCCGAUCAGGCCGCGGCCGCUGCCGCCAAGCGCUCGCGCAUCAUGGGCCGCCAGGACGCUGGUGCUUCCUCCGGUGCCCCGACUACCCUGCUUGAGACCGUCUUCAGUGUCGUCGACCAGAUCGCUACCCCCGGCACCCGCGUCAAGACCCCGCCGCUCGUCAUGUCCGAGGUCGUUGACAUCCUCAAGGCCAAUGCUUUCCAGAUCUACUCUGGCUCGCUGACUACCCCGCCGUGCUCUGAGGGUGUUAACUGGCAUGUGUCGACUGCCCGGCUGUUUGUGUCGCCGCAGACGUUUACCAAGGCUCGUGACGUGAUUGGGUUCAACUCGCGCUUCCCUCAGAAUACCCCCGGUCAGCCGAACAUCCUGAUGAUUUCGGCUCUGGGCAGCGCGGCGGCCGCAGUGCAGGCUGCGGUUAACCAGGUUGCCUGA